AGAAAGAAAACUGUUUCUCAAAAACAAAAACUAUAAGAACAGCUGAUAAAUGAUAAAUAAAGAAUUAGGAUUGAAGAAAGAAGAUUGAAGUGUUGUUCUGUUUGUUUGUUUUGUUAUUGAAUUGAAUCGAAUCAAUUUAGGCUAUAUUCUGUAAGAAUAAUUUAUUAUGUUCGUUGCUGUCAUUUCAUUUAUCUUCAACAUAAACUGAACUGAAUUCUUAGUGACAUUUAAAUUAUAGCCUAGUAAAUGUUCCUUAUAACCUAGGCCUACACAACGAUGUUAUUCUUAUGGUGUAACGUGUAACUUAAUUAAAGCGUAUUGGAAGAACCUAUGGCUACCUAGAUAAGUCUUCUAGCCUAUCCCAAUAGGCUACAUUGUUCAAUUGAAAGUUAACCAUUCUUUGCUGUACAUCCAAAGUGAUGAGUGUAAAUUUGUAAAUUAGCAUACACUUCGUCCAGUUUAUAAUCAUUUAGCCUAUAUGGAAUAGCCUAGCCUUUGUUCAAGACCUCCUUUAACACCCCAAACUUCUGUCAAGACUCAUUAACUUAGGUCUGCAUAAGUUAGCCUCUUGCCCUAUAAGAUGAUAAAUCAAGAUAAAGGUCAAGGACGAUUUUUCGUUCAGACCAAAAGUGACAACAAUGCAGAUUUUGUCAGUCGUCAAAAAAAUGUUUUUGAAAAGCUUGACGCUGUCAUGAAAAGUAAUGAAUCUAGUAUCGCUAAGCUCAAUGACAAUAAAAGGAGCCAUGGGAAUGAAGAAAAGGCCACCUUUAAGAGGCAGAAAUCAGAAACACGUCCAUUUCGUGGCCAAGAGAGUAUUUUUAAAAGACCUGAAGCUCCUGCCCCCUCUAGAUUUCAAAAAAAUCUUCCAGACUUUCUACGGCGCCCAGAUAAAUGGACCAAGUAUACUCUGAGUGAUGUUUCACAGGAUGAUAUGUCGGAUCAAAGUAAUACUGCUGCGGCAAUGUCUUUCUUAAGAGAAUUGAGAGCGAAAAAGGAAUCUCAAGACAUGGAUGUUGAUAGUGAAAAGCUCAGCAAACCUACUUUCAAAAAAACUCAAAGGAAGCGAGAGGUUUCUGAAGAUAAGUCCUCUUCGCAGAUUUUCAGGAGCUCUAAAGUCGUCAUGCCAGAAUAUGUUGUCGGAGAAAAGAAACCGUCAUCAAGUAAGAAACAGAAGGCAAAACCUGAAAAAGGCAAAGAAAUUAAACUUGAUCAUUUGGAUGAAGAAGAAGAUGAUGAAUUGUGUUAACUUGGACACUAAUUUAUUCCUCUAAAAAAGGAGAACCUCAAAUGACCAAGGUAAUAACAUAUUUUUCUUUUGAUUGAUUCAUAUCUUAAAUGUAACUUGUAAACUCUUAUUAAAAUGUAGAACAACA